AUGGUCGGCGAAAUGAGUCGGGCUUCCGAUGUGGACCUUUUCCAGGCCCGCGCCGCCCUACAGCACCAGCAGAGCCCGGAGGUCUCUGUACCACGCGAGUUCAUCUCACAGAUUGUCGAGGAACUGAUUCAAUGUCGCGAAGGCCAUUCGUCCAUUGCGGAGAUUGAGCGAGAGUGCUCGCAGCUGAGGAAAGAGCUUCGAAAACACACACAUAUCAAUGAGGCGUUCCAGAAAGAACUCAGAGAGAUCGGGGAGAUCAUUACCCAGGUUGCGCAUGGAGAUCUGUCGCAGAGGGCGCGGUUGCAUCCGCUGGAGAUUUCGCCUGAUAUCGCGACAUUCAAAAAGACCAUUAAUACUAUGAUGGAUCAGUUACAGGUUUUCAGUCAGGAGGUGUCGAAGGUGGCGAGGGAGGUUGGAACGGAUGGAGUUUUGGGUGGACAGGCGAAGAUUGAAGGCAUUCAGGGAAUCUGGGAGGAGUUGACUGUGAAUGUGAACGCCAUGGCGAACAACCUUACUGCGCAAGUACGAGAUAUCACUACGGUGACGACGGCCGUUGCCAAGGGUGAUCUUACGAGCAAGGUUCAGGCGGAUUGUAAAGGAGAAAUCUUGUUGUUGAAGAAUAUUAUCAAUUCUAUGGUUGACCAGCUACGGGAAUUCGCCUUUGAAGUUAGUCGUGUGGCCCGGGAGGUCGGAUCGGAUGGAACCCUCGGUGGACAGGCACUGGUGCAUGGCGUGGAGGGGACGUGGAAGAAUUUGACCGACAACGUCAACAACAUGGCUUCCAACCUUACACAGCAGGUCCGCGAAAUUGCUAAAGUGACGACAGCCGUGGCCCGUGGCGAUCUAACGAUGAAAGUUACUGCGGAUGUGAAGGGAGAGAUCUUGGAUCUGAAGCUUACCAUCAACGCAAUGGUUGACCGAUUGAAUCAAUUCGCCUUCGAAGUUAGUCGAGUAGCACGCGAGGUGGGAACUGAUGGUACACUGGGUGGCCAAGCACAGGUCGAGAAUGUUGAAGGUCAAUGGCGAAAUCUUACUGACAACGUGAACACCAUGGCCCAAAACCUUACGAUGCAAGUUCGACAAAUUUCCAACGUGACUCAAGCUAUCGCCCGUGGCGAUCUGAGUACCAAAAUCGAAGUUCAUGCUCAAGGCGAAAUUUUGACACUCAAAGAAACAAUCAAUAGCAUGGUGGAUGGUUUGGGACAAUUUGCACGGGAGUUGAAAGCAGUAGCAAGGGAUGUAGGAGUUCGAGGUCAAUUGGGUGGACAAGCAAAUGUUAAUGGAUCCCAUGGUAUCUGGAGAUCUAUUAGCGAGGAUGUCAACACGAUGGCAGAUAACCUCACAUCACAAGUUCGAGCCUUUGGAGAGAUUACGGAAGCUGCUAUGAGCGGUGACUUUACGUCUCUUAUUACUGUAUCAGCAUCGGGUGAAAUGGACGACUUGAAGAAAAAAAUCAACAAGAUGAUCUCAGGCUUGCGAGAUAGUAUCCAGCGAAAUACGGCGGCUCGUGAAGCAGCUGAGUUGGCAAAUCGCAGUAAAUCGGAAUUCCUGGCAAAUACUAGUCAUGAAAUUCGGACUCCAAUGAACGGGAUCAUUGGAUUGACUAAGAUGGUGCUCGACGACGAAUAUCCAAUUCCUGCAGCUGUCCGUGAGACCCUGAGCAUGGUGCACAGCCUUGCCAACAGUCUUUUGAGUAUCAUUGGGGACAUUCUUGAUAUAUCAAAAAUCGAGGCAAAUCACAUGAAGAUUGAAACAACGGCUUUUAGUUUAAGUUCAACGGUAUGGCACGUUUUGAAAGCAUUUGACAUCCAAAGCGACGAAAAAGCCCUGAGUAUCAUCUACUCAGUCGAGGGUGAUGUACCAGAUUACCUCAUUGGCGAUGGCUACAGAAUCCGACAAGUCAUGAUGAAUCUCGUGGGUAAUGCGGUCAAGUUUACCGACCAUGGCGAAAUCCGUGUUUUGCUCAAACGAGUUGAGAACAGCACCACUGCCUCAGAUGAAAUCACGUUUGAGUUCUCGGUGGCAGAUUCUGGUAUUGGUAUCGAGCAGAGUAAACUGGGACUGAUCUUCGAUAAUUUCCAACAAGCCGAUGGCUCGAUGACACGCCGUUUUGGAGGCACAGGUCUGGGACUGGCUAUAUCCAAACGUCUUAUAUCCCUCAUGGGCGGUGAUAUUUGGGUCACAUCGAAUUUAGGUAAAGGCAGUACAUUCGGGUUUACCUGCAAGCUCAAAGUCAGUGAGCCUCCAUUGUCUCUCCAUGAGCAAAUUCAACCUCAUCGGAGCCGCCGAUUUUUGGUUGUGGGUGACCCAGAGCAGACCGAAUGCUUGGCUGCUCACCUACUCCAGGAAUUGGGCCUUCAGUUCGUAACGUUGCCACUGAAACAACUUGCGAAAAGCCAAAGAAACGGUGACAAGGCGUCUCAUUUUACUGCCAUUAUCGUUUCAGCAAUGGACGACGUUCGUACAUUACGCUCGUGUGAUAAUCUGGUCGGCGUGCCUAUUGUAAUCAUGUCCCCAAAUCUAUCAUUGCCCAUAAGAGCUGCUAGUUCUCUUGGUAUCACAGCCUAUGUCACCGGCCCUUGUCGCUCUAUUGAUCUCUGGAAUGGAAUUCUUCUUGUCCUUGGAAAUUUGACAACUCACCCGCAGCUGGAGAAUACCCGAUCUCUAUCCAUUUUGCUAGCAGAGGACAAUGAUGUGAACGUGAAGGUCGCUGUUCGCAUUCUUGAAAAGGCCAAGCACAAUGUUACCGUUGUCGAAAAUGGGCUACAAGCCGUGAAGGAAGUUAAGCGUCACCGAUAUGAUCUGGUUUUAAUGGAUGUUCAAAUGCCUGUGAUGGGCGGCUUUGAAGCUACUACAACAAUAAGGCAGCACGAAAGGUCCCAGGGCCUGCCUCGCACACCUAUUGUCGCGUUGACCGCACAUGCGAUGCUCGGAGAUCGCGAAAAAUGUCUUGAGUCCGGUAUGGACGAUUAUGUGUCAAAGCCCUUACAAGCUAGUCACAUGAUGGAGACCAUUUUGAAGUAUGCCGCGAUGGAUCUCGGAUCUUCAAUAGUUCCUGCCCCUAGCGAGACAUAA